AUGCUGUACAAUGCAGACUUCUGCAGCCUCGUUUACUUGAGACGCGGUCUCCCCGACGCAGGAUUGCUGCGCAGGAUUGCUGCGGUGGCCACCUGUCCGCUCUCACGCCCUCCCCGUCUGCUUUGCGCACUCAUCCACGUCGCGCAUAGCCUCAUCCUCAUCAUACACAUCGCUGGGCAUCAUGAACGGGGAGGCCAUUGUACUAAUAUACUCGCCCUGCGCCAUCUGCUCUCUAAUCUGAUCCUCGCACUCAGCCAGGCCUUCCUCGUAGUCCUCGCGAGUCUCCUCGAGCCUCUCCUGCGCGGCGCGCUCCUCCUCCUCCAAGUCGAACGUGAGGCCGACCUCCUGCAUGAUGCGCUCAAGCGUGGUGACCUGGGUGGAGAGGACGUUUGCGGCCUCGGUCAUUGA